ACGGGCUGUCUCCGGAGGACUGAGUACACUGAAUUCUGCUCUUCUUGCUUUCCCACGGCGACCAUGGUCUCAGAAGUCAGGAGGCUCCCCAGGGGGUAGAGUUUUGAUUCUUCCUUCCUGAAUAACUUACCCCUAGAAACUUAUUUACGAGUACCAGUGUACAAUCUACAAUCUGACGGUUCCUCUUAUCCACUGUAGCACAGAAACCAUACAUGCGCACUUUGUCCUUAUCAACAGUAAUCAACACAGACGUACGAACCGCAUUCAAACCAAACUGCCAAGGAACGCUGAAACGAAACAAGGAUUCCCUCUAACACAUACCUGCACAUAUUUCUACCGCCAUGAGUGAGCUACUGUACAAACACCCUCUCACAAUAUACACUAGUGUACACAGCCAAACAUUGAGGGGUUCGCCGACAGUUUGAAUAUGUACUCAUAAAAAGGACACCAGCAAUUCUACCACAUUCCUGGCAGCAUCAACGGAAGUCCAAGUCAAAUAGAGAGACCGUACUCGGAGUGGCAACAACGUUCGGAAGUAAGCAAAUAGUAGCCCCGGAAAAAUCGAGAGAAUUUCCACUAGAAUUUUGUGUUGAUUUCAGCCCCAAGCGUGGCAAGGGCUUAGAGUGUAUUUUAAACUUUGUUGUAGACUGAAAACGGAGUCGUCUGGCCAUGUAGAGCCUUGCACGGAGCAUCUGAAAGUAGUAUCACAUUGCAUCUUCUACUAUUUGCUUACAACGAAUCUCAGAUACAUCAGUUUUAUCUUGAAAGUAAACUACCCUUGUGUUUGUAUACCUACUGUGUUGCUGACACUGUUCCUCUGUUUCAUAUCAAGCGUUCACUCGGCCAAGUAUCACUAUAGAACCAUAGAUUGGAAAAUAUAUAAUAAACGCGACGACAACAACAUCCGAAACGUCGAAAAUGUCCUUUGGUGUGGUUUUUAUUCUUUACCAAAAUUAAAUUGUCGUAUCAGUGUUCGAUUUGUUUGUAAACUUCCUGAAAUUUAAUUACCGGAUAGAGACGGGUCUAAAUCGGAUGCGGUAUUCCGCGAAAUUGUUAUGCAUGUAAUAUCGUCCCGGGGGAUGACAAAAAAAAGCUCGUUGCCGGUGUGGUUUGAAUUAAUCGAAAUGAAAUAAUAUUAAAUCUCUGUCAACAAAGUGAAAGAUAAAAGUUUGCAGUGUUGUUUCCAAAGUGAUUUAACCCGACCUUGGAUAGUUGAGAAGGAAAAUUUCGGGGAAAUUCCAGUGCAAAUGAAAUCAAUGCAAGUGUUGCAUUCUAGUGCGAUAGGAAAGUGUGUUCGAAAUCUAAUCAUGUAAAAAGCCAAAUGCAAAGUUCCUUGACGAAUAGAUAAUCGUCGUAAUCAAACCAUCCGUUUCUUACCAAAUUUGAAUAAUAUCCACAUCUCUGAUUCCAAUCCAAAAUCGGAUAAAAAUUCAAGGCCAUCGAUAGUAACAACAACAAUAUGAUGAAAUGCAAGGAUCCUUUGAUAAGGAUUCAGAUAUUAGUUGCAUUUUUCUUCGUCGUACAUCAACAACACAUUUCAGGAUCCUUUUGUUAUGCUGCUGCAGCAACAUCAACGGCAGAUGUUGCAUCUACUUUAUCCGAAAUAGAUGAUGGCACUAGACCCGGCUAUGAGGACGAUAGUGCGAUUUUUCAACGUGAUACCAGAACUCCUUUCACAGCUAAUGGGAUUAAUAUUCAGGAUAUGGGGAAACAACGAUAUGUACGAAGUAGUAGCGGAAGCAGUAGUGGUUCCUACAAUCAUAACAACGACCCGAUACCGCAGGGAAUAUGUCAACUGUACAAUGGAACAACAUGUGAAAAAUUUCUACGAAAUCAAACGGUUUUUGUACCACCGGACCUGACGAUGGACAACAUUGAGGAGAGGUUGAAGGCAGCGUAUGGUGUUAUUAAGGAAUCCAAGGACAUGAAUGCAAAUUGUAGGGUCUAUGCAUUGCCAAGUUUAUGCUACAGCACUUUGCCAAUAUGUCGUACACCCGAACGAACAAAUCAUCAAUAUUUCGCUUAUCUGGCAAACAGAGAUCUUCGUACCAAGAAAUCCAAACAGUACGUUGGAACGCCAAUAUCAGAACGUAAUAAACGCUACUUGGACCGUAAAUCCGAGCAACGUUACUAUCACAGCAAUCGAGACGAACCAUCCACUUCGACCCUCUAUGAUGAAUCGUUGUCAUUGUCCUCAUCACCAUCGUCAUCAUCAUCAUCAUCAUCCUCCUCAUCGUCUUCCUCGUCAUCAUCAUCCCCAACAUCAUCCAUUUCCAUAACGCCACAUCGUCGUGGCAAUUCACCACCAACCCGCGACACCGAGAAUCUUCGACGCAUCUGUCGGGGUGAGUGUGAACUUCUUGAGAAUGAACUAUGCCAGAAGGAGUAUGCAAUUGCCAAACGACAUCCAACUAUUGGACAAAAACUACCCUUGGAAGAUUGUCAGGAUUUGCCAUUGGAUAAGGACUGUUCGUCAUUCGGGAUUGCAAUUGAUGUAUCGCCCGAUGAGGAUUGUUAUUGGGAGCAAGGAUCCGGAUAUCGUGGUACAGUUGCAGUCUCAGCGACUGGGAAACAAUGUUUGAAAUGGUCGGGAUUGAUGAAGGAGAUUGCUGACUAUCCAGAGUUGGCAGGACAGAAUUAUUGCAGAAAUCCCGGAAAUAGUGAAAUGAAACCAUGGUGUUUUGUUGAUGACAAAACAAAGGAGCAUUGUAACAUCCCUAAAUGUGCUGAGCAAAUGUGGUUAUAUAUAAUCAUAUCAUUCGUGUUAAUUUUGGGAUUUAUCAUAUCCAGUGUUGUAUUCGUUUGUUAUCGUCGAACGAAGAAGCAAGGGAUGACAAAUAUACAGAAUAUAAGUUUACCUAAUGCCGACAAAAACAUCUACGGAAAUUCACAAAUGAAUUCCUCAUUUGAAAUGUCACGUCUAUUCAAUCAAACCAACAUACCAAAUGGACAACAGAACUCUGGACGUAGUUCUUCCCUAAGGGUACCACAAUAUACUCUACAAGAUGUUGAAUUUGUUGAAGAGCUUGGAGAGGGAGCGUUCGGGAAAGUUUAUAAAGGCGAAUUAACACAAAAGACGGGCGAAAAAAUCUUUGUGGCCGUUAAAGCUCUGAAGGAGAAUGCCUCGACAAAAACCCAAACUGAUUUCAAGCGUGAAAUUGAACUUAUCUCGGACUUACGACAUGACAAUAUCGUUUGUAUCCUUGGCGUUGUACUCAACAAGGAGCCCUUGUGCAUGUUGUUUGAGUAUAUGUCGCAUGGUGAUUUGCAUGAAUAUCUGAUUGCGAAUUCACCGAAUGAAGGAAAAUCACUAACGCAACGACAAUUCUUAUAUAUUGCCAUGCAAAUAAGUGAUGGAAUGGAGUAUCUGAGUGGCCAUCAUUAUGUACAUCGGGAUUUGGCAGCCAGGAAUUGUCUGGUUGGGGAGAAUCUGACAGUGAAAAUAUCAGAUUUUGGAUUGUCCAGGGAUAUUUAUAGUUCCGAUUAUUACAGGGUUCAAUCGAAGUCCCUACUCCCUGUCAGAUGGAUGCCGUCAGAGUCGAUACUUUACGGCAAAUUCACAACCGAGAGUGAUGUCUGGUCGUUUGGAGUAGUUUUAUGGGAAAUAUACAGCUAUGGGCUUCAGCCCUACUACGGCUAUAGCAACCAAGAAGUCAUCAACAUGGUUCGAAAUCGGCAGCUGCUCCCAUGCCCCGAGGCAUGCCCCACUGCAGUCUACUCGCUCAUGAUUGAAUGCUGGCACGAGCAAGCCGUUCGAAGGCCCUCCUUCUCGGAGAUCAGUCAUCGCUUGAAAAUCUGGUAUCAGGCUCAGAAGAAGAAUCAUUCACAGACCAAUCAGUCAAACCAUCAUCAGAAACAUCAUCAUCAUGCGAACUCCAAUCCUAAUUCAAGCUCCAACUCAAACCUGCUUGCUACCCAAUAAGGAAACCAUACCAACGAUUUAAAAGGACAAAAGUAUCUUUCUGCAUUGAGUACUUAAGCACAAUUGUGAAUCGAGGCUUCCAGUGAAGACCACAGAUACAGGUGCGAUUCAUUUUUAGCCCACCGCCGCGUUCAUGAUCUCCAGUGCAAAAUAGAUUGAAAGAUACUCGAGAAAAACAACCAAGUUUCCAUCCUUAAAUGAAACGAAGAAACCAUGACAAUUAUAUAUAUAUAUACAUAAAAAAGAUAAAUUUAGAAAUGAGAAAAGAAGAAAACUUUUAAAAAAAAGCCUUAAGCCAACAGAACGUUUUUUUGUUAUCUUUUACAAGCCAAAUAUUUAUUGUGCGGAAAAACGCCAGAGAAUUGCAUUUAAGCGAGAAGAAAAAAAAAAUGAAAUAAAUACUAUAGCGGCAUUAUUAAAUCUAAAUAAAAAAUUAUACAUAAGAAGCAGCUUUUGACUAGACGAAGAAGACAGAAAUAAAGUUAUUGGAUGCAUUUAUCUUAUCAGAACUCUCUUAUUAGUUUCAAAAUUUACUAAUUUCCUUCAAUAUUUGAAUGAAUAUUUAAGCGAGAAACGAAAGAUAAAUAAAAGAAAAUUAAGAUACUAUUAUACAUACAUUGAAAAUAAUAUUUAAAUCGAGCAAGAAAGAAGAAGAGAGGAAUAAACUCACUAUAUAUAUAUAUAAAUGCAUUUUUGUAAUAAAUAAAAUUUACUUAUUAGUAAUUUAUGAAUGAAUGAUGCCGGAACAAAAAAAAAGUUGGAUAACAAGAUGAGCGACAAUUAAUUGUUUAAGAUAGGAAUUGAAAUGGGAAUUAACACUGAUAUACCAAUAUAUAUUUAAAAGAAUUGACUAAGCGAAAGCAAAAAGACAAAGAAUAUUGAAACAAACCAAAUUGAAUCUCACUGAGACGAAAAAAAGAUAAUAUGAACGAAUAUGAAAAGAUAUUAAGAAAAAAAUAAACGACGUGAAUGACAAGAAGAAA